UGCAACAGCAACAUGGCGCUAUAGUUCAGCAGACGUCGACACCGGCCAUCACAUCGGCCCCACAGACGCCGUCUGGCCAGCUGUACCAGCAGCAUGCACCAAGCUAUCUGGUACAGUCGCCGGGCAUCCCGGCUGACGCGUCGCCACCGGUGUUUGAGCAAAUCUUCAAAAACUCCCGCUUUGCCCAGGGUGGCAAUGCGUUGUUUGAGGGCAAGCUCAAGGGAAACCCCAAGCCAGAAGUUUCGUGGACUCGAAAAGGCGCACCACUUGUCGAUUCCGCGAAACACAGGCUUAGCUACAACCCAGCCACCGGUGUUGUCUCGCUGCUGAUCAACCAGAUCGGACCGGGCGAUGAGGGUGAAUACACGUGCAAAGCUAGGAACGCUGUUGGAGAAGCCAUCUGCUCUGUUUUCAUUCAGCCAGAAGGAAUGCCCGCACCGCAGUUCCAGCAGGUCAAGCGUGAGCAGCAGCAGCAUCAGAUUAUCCAACAGAAGCAAACCACUAGCCAGCAACAGUUCAGCAAUGGUUAUCUUCACAUUGAGGAAGAAUUUAGGGUCGAUACCUUCGAGUAUCGAUUGCUGCGGGAAGUUUCUUUCCGAGAAUCGAUUACCCGUCGGUACGCUGGGGAAACCGAUGCUCAGCUUAUCACCACUAUUGAUCGUGCGCUUGGUCCACCAGCACCACCCCAGAUCAGCCAGAAACCAAGAAACUCUAAACUAGUCGAAGGAGCCGAUGCUGUAUUCAGUACCAGAGUUAGCGCCAAUCCAAAGCCAAGGCUAAGUUGGUUCAAGGAUGGUCAACGCAUCAUCCCAUCGGCAGACAAGUACGAAAUCAGCUACUCAAAUCAACAGGCCACGUUGCGCAUCAAGCGCGUUAAUGCCAAGGACUCUGGUCACUAUACUCUUCUGGCAGAAAAUCCACAGGGAUGCCAGGUUUCAUCCGCAAUCCUGGCUAUCGAAGCAGCACACGAACAGGUUGCCGUUAAUAGUUCUAGCCAUGAAAUUAUUGAAACUGCGGAAACAACAAAAGCUCUGGUUCCCGUGUUUGUGACAUUGAUUCAAGAUCAGGAAACUACCGAAGGGAAGAUGGCUCGCUUCGACUGCCGUGUCACCGGUCGUCCAUAUCCGGAAGUAGCCUGGUACAUCAACGGUAAGCUAGUUACCGAUGAUGCUACCCAUAAGAUUCUCGUCAACGAAGCAGGUAAUCAUUCGCUGAUGAUCACUAGCACCAACCGCUACGAUCACGGUAUUGUGACCUGCGUUGCACGUAACAAGACCGGGGAGAUUGCUGCCCAAGCCAAACUAGUCGUGUGCGAACGCGAACAGGUCGUUGCGCCAAAGUUCAUCGAACGCUUUACCACUGUCAACGUGAAGGAGGGUGAGCCCGUUCGACUGUUUGCACGUGCCAUCGGUACGCCAAUUCCGCGUAUUUCCUGGCAGAAGGACGGCGUCACUCUGAUGCCCGGACCGGACGUGCAAAUCCUGUGGGACGAUAAUGGCUCCACCACCGUUGACAUCCCACGAGCAAAGACGUCGGAUGCUGCCUGGUAUCAGUGCACCGCGCAGAACGUUGCCGGUACUACUGCUACCCGAGCUCGUCUCUUCGUCGAAACUCCGAAGGGACCAGCUCCGGAACAGCGUCGUCUCAAUCUACCACGGCCGACAAAAGUCAUCCAACCGGAACCUGCUCCGGAACCAGAAGUCAUCUUUCUACGUCACGUCGAGCGUGCCGCUCCACAUGUGGCACCGAAAGAGGAGGAUCGUAUUUAUCCACCGCCUAAGUUUGUCGUCCCUCUUAGUGACGUCGCUCAAAUCGAGGGCGGUAAGGUACACUUUGGGGCCCGCAUUGAACCCGUCUCCGAUCCGACGAUGCGCGUCCAGUGGUUCCUGAAUGGAAACUUGAUUCAAGCAAGUUCCCGUGCCAAUACCACGCUCCAGUUUGGAUACGUCGCACUGGACCUGCUGAGCAUCGUUUUGGAAGACAGCGGCGAAUACACAUGCCGCGUGUCUAGCUCGACCGGUGUUGCCGAAUCGCAUGCGAUGUUAAGUGUGCAGCCAAGACCUCCGAUCGAACAGCAGUCUCAACAUCCAACUAGCCUGGACCAGAUUCAACAUCUCGAGGACUACUCCAAGUACGUCCGCACUGAGAGUAUUGAGGAAGUCAUCAACCAGAAGCCAGCUUUCACUCGCCCAUUGCAAGACUUGGGCCAGUUGGAAGAAGGAAGAAACGCUCAUUUUGAGGCUCAGAUUACUCCUGUCAGCGAUCCAACAAUGAGAGUAGAGUGGUACAAAGAUGGUCGCCCGAUCACGGCAAGCUCUAGGAUUACCGCCAUCUUCAACUUCGGCUACGUCUCCCUGAAUAUCAUGCACCUACGAGCUGAAGAUGCUGGUACCUACACAGUGCGUGCUGUCAAUCGCAUAGGCGAAGCGAUCAGUACUUCUCAGAUUUCGGUUAUUAGCAAGGCUGCUGUCACCGGAGAUUUGGGUAUUGCCGAGCAGCAAAACUACAUCCAAAAGGUCGAGCAACUCGAGCAGUACCAGAAAUAUCAGAACAUGAAAUUCUACGAGGAAACUCCAGAAAGUACCCAGCGCCCUGAAUUCAAGGCACCCAUCUCCGAUCAAAUGAACAUUCGCGAAGGAGGCUUCGCUCACUUUGAGGGUCGUCUAGAACCCGUCAGUGAUCCAACGCUUCGCGUUGAAUGGCUGAAGGAUGGUCACCCGAUCGAAGCCAGCUCUCGUAUUACAACUUUCUGCAACUUUGGAUACGUCGCUCUUACCAUCAAACAAGUUACAAUUCACGAUGUGGGUCAUUACACUUGCCGCGCGUACAAUUCUCUUGGCGAGGCUCAUGUCACUGCCAGGCUGACCGUCGUCACCCGUCAGGACAUCAUCGUCGACUCACAGACUAGCCACAUGGGCAUGGAGAAGAUUCAAUAUUUGGAAGAUUCUUCAAAAUACACUCGUACUACCCAGGAAGAACAGCAGGUCAUCACCACAGCUCCACGAUUCUUGGGUCCAUUGAAGGCUACCAACAAAAUCGUAGAGGGACAGCGUGCUCACUUCGAGGCGCGCCUGGAACCACAGUCGGACUUGACAAUGCGUGUCGAAUGGUACCACAAUGGACGCCCGGUGAUGACCGCCAAUCGUAUUCAGACCUAUCACGAUUUCGGAUACGUCGCCAUGGAUAUCUUGGAUGUGCGCGGUGAAGAUUCGGGUACCUACACGCUGGUCGCUACCAACAGUGCUGGACAAGCCCAACUCGAUGCCCAGAUGAUUGUCGAGACUCGUGCAGCCAUCGAUACAACUAGCAUGCACCACAUUGUCGAACAAACGCAACAGCAGCGUGAAACUCAAUUCGUCGAACCUCAAUACCAGAUCGAAGAACUGUGCAAAUCCAAACCCAUCUUCAUUCAGCCGCUUUCGGAUCCGCAACCCGUUGGUGAAGGCCGCAACAUUCAUCUGGAGUGCAAGCUCGAACCACUGGGCGACCCAACAAUGCGCGUUGAGUGGUUCCUGAAUGGUCGCGAGAUUACAGUUGGCUCUCGUUUCAAGACCUACUACGAUUUCGGCUUUGUAGCGCUCGAUAUCCUGCACUGCACCGCCCUCGAUUCCGGCGAAUACACCGUUCGUGCUACCAAUCAACUGGGAAGUUCCCAUACUUCGGCUUGCGUGCGAGUCAUCACCCGUUCGGACAUCAUCACCGAUUCACAGAGUGAGAUGUCCCAUGAACAGUUGCAGUAUCUUGAGGAUGCUUCUCGGAUGCGACGUGACGUUCUCGAGGACAUCACAGUCAUGUCUCCGCCACAGUUUGUGCGUCCCUUACACAACAUUGAGACCUAUGAGGGAACCAAUAUCCACUUGGAAUGCCGUUUGCAACCGGUUGGGGAUCCAUCCAUGCGUGUCGAUUGGUUUGUCAAUGGACACCCCGUCAAGAUUGGUCAUCGUUUCCGUCCAGCGUAUGAAUUUGAUUAUGUUGCUCUGGAUCUGCUCGGUGUCUACGCUAGCGAUUCUGGUGUCUAUACCUGUCAAGCUCGUAACUCGCUGGGUGAGGCUGUAACAUCGUGCUCCGUUCGUAUCGUUGCCAAAAAGGAUCUGAUCCUGGAAACUCAAUAUCCAGCAGGUCUGGAAAAGUUGCAAUAUCUGGAGGAUAUCUCACGUUACCGCAAAACCGAGUUCGUGGAUGAAAUCGUCAACGUUAAGCCUCGCUUCGUGACUCGUCCGAAGAACAUCGAUCGUGCCCAAGAAGGAGGACACGCUCACUUCGAGUGCAAACUAGAACCGGUAACUGAUUCCAACUUAAAGGUUGAGUGGUACAAAAACGGACACCCUAUUACCGUUGGUCAUCGCUUCCGUCCGAUUCAUGACUUCGGUUAUGUUGCAUUGGAUAUUAUUGAUUUGAUUGCUGAAGACUCUGGAACCUAUAUGUGCCGUGCGGUCAACCUGGUAGGCGUAGAUGAAGUUGCCGUUCAGUUGGUUUGCCGUGGUUCACAGCAAAUUUUGACCUGUACUCAGAACGAAAUGGGUCUGGAGCAAAUUCAGUAUCUGGAAGAGAAAUCAAGACACCAACGUGCAGACUACGGCGAUGAUAUGCCAUCACAGGCUCCUACCUUUACUACCUCUCUGAAACACAUCGAAAUCAAGGAAGGACAACGCGCUCACUUCGAGUGUCGUCUGAUCCCCGUGUCCGACUCAACUCUACGCGUUGAAUGGUACCAUAACGACGCCCCAGUUAAGGCUGGAUCGCGCUUCACCGAAACGAACAACUUCGGUUUUGUUGCGCUGGAUAUUAUGGGAUGUUUGGCCGAAGACUCCGGUACCUAUACUUGCCGUGCUGUGAACGCAUUGGGCGAGGCUGUUACUUCGGCGACUUGCGUCGUUCACACCCGCAAGAGCAUCUACUCAGAAACACAGCACGAACAUGCUUUGACAAGUUUGCGCUACCUCGAGGACAAUUCUCGCUAUCAACGCGAGACCGAAGUUGACGAGAUCAUCACUCAGGCACCGGUAUUCACGCUCCCUGUCAAAGAUGUGAAAGUUGCCGAAAAUCAAGCCGUACACUUCGAAGCUCGCUUGGUUCCAGUCGGUGAUCCGAAAAUGCGCGUUGAAUGGUUGAGGAAUGGAGUCCCAAUCGAGGCAUCGAAUCGUACCACCACUAUGCAUGACUUCGGUUACGUCGCACUGAACAUGAAAUACGUUAACCCGGAAGAUUCGGGCACAUACACUUGCCGCGCUACCAACGAUCUAGGACAAGCCGUCACUUCAGCGAAACUGAUGGUCCAAUCCAAGGCCGCUCUUGAUCUGGAAACUCAAAACGAAAGCGCUCUUGAAAAGAUUCAUCAGCUUGAAGACACCGUCCGCUAUUCCCGCAGGGAAGAAGAAGAGUUGGUUAUCACCCAGAAGCCUAAGUUCGUCACCAAGCUGCACGGACCAACUAACCUGGUCGAGCAGCAGAGCGCCCAUUACGAGUGUCGUAUAGAACCAUACCCGGAUCCAAACCUGAAAGUAGAAUGGUUCCACAACGGUCAACCAUUGACUACCGGUCACCGCUUCAGAACAACUUAUGAUUUUGGCUUCGCCGCUUUGGACGUUCUCACCGUCUACGCAGAAGACUCCGGAGAGUACACUUGCAAAGCUACCAACCUACUUGGCUCGGAAUCAUCUUCAAUUUCGCUAAGCGUCCAGACUAGGUCUGGAAUUGUUCGUGACACUCAGCAUGAAGGAGCUCUGGAGAAGAUUCAGUACCUUGAGUGUGAUUCACGUUACGGACGCAAAGCUGAGGAAGACCACUUUGUUGCCGAAAAGCCACAAUUCGGUAGACCACUGAAGAAUACCAACGUCGCGGAAGGUUUGCCAGUACAUUUGGAAGCCACUCUCACUCCGGUUAACGACCCAACAAUGAAGGUUGAGUGGUACUGCAAUGGUCGCCCAAUUCAACAGGGACACCGUUUCAAGACCACGUACGACUUCGGUUUCGUCGCUCUCGAUAUUCUGUACGCACACGCUGAGGACACAGGUACCUACAUGUGUAAGGCGAAGAAUGCGGUUGGGGAGGCUGUCACGACAUGCGCUGUAAAAGUCACAGCAAAUGCUGGAUUAUAUUUGGAGACACUAGAUGAACAGCGUUUGCAGAAAAUCAAGGAACUAGAGAGCUAUCAGAAACCGCAAACCCCGGAGGUGGAACCUGCCAAGCAGAAGCCGGUGUUCCUGACACCACUGACCAGCUUGGAGAACCUUAAGGAAGGCGACUACGCACAUUUGGAAUGCCGUGUCGAACCGAUCAAUGACCCGAACUUGAAGAUUGAGUGGUUCAUCAACGGAAAAGCAAUCCGGGCUGGUCAUCGUUUCCGCACGACGCACGACUUCGGUUACGUCGCAAUGGACAUUCUGUAUGUAUACGGUGAGGACAGUGGUACGUACAUGUGCAAAGCCACCAACCUGGUGGGAGAAGCUGUCAGCACGUGUAACAUUCGCGUGGUCAACAAGCGUAGCAUUAUUUUCGACUCACAACACCCCGAUGGUUUGGAGAAAAUCCAGAAGUUGGAAGCACAAUCCCGUCAAUCGCGUCAAGAAAUCCAAGAACCGGUGGUGUCGCCACCUCAUUUCGUUACCGAGUUACGUGGUACAACCGAAAUCAACGAGGGACAAACCGCUCACUUUGAAGCACAGGUUGAACCAAUCCACGACCCGAAUCUUCGCAUCGAGUUCUACCACAAUGGCAAACCCCUGCCAUCGGCCGCACGGUUCCAUAUAACGUUCGACUUCGGUUAUGUUGCUCUUGACAUUCAACAUGUCGUUCCUGAAGAUGCUGGCGAGUACAGUGUUAAGGCCAUCAACGCUAAAGGUCAAUGCAAGUCGUCGAUCAACAUGCAAGUUACCGCCAAGGGCUCGAUUAUUUUGGAUACCCAGCAUCCGGAAGGUUUGGACAAAAUUAGACAACUCGAAGGAGCUGCACCGUUCAAGCGUCCGGAGAUUCAAGAUGCCGUCACCAAGCAACGUCCAGUCUUCACUCAACCACUGCAAAACAUUGAUUUCAUUGCUGAAGGCCAAACCGCUCACUUCGAGUGUCGCUUAAUUCCAGUCGGAGAUCCAAACCUCAAAGUUGAAUGGUACAGAAACGAGAAACCGCUUGAGGAUAGUUCUCGCAUUACAAAACAACACGAUUUCGGAUUUGUUUCGAUGGAUCUUUCUCAUGUCCGAGAAGAAGAUGAGGGUGUCUACAUGUGUCGCGCAAUCAAUCCUCUCGGUGAAGCCGUUACUACCGCCUCCAUGCGGAUUCGCACCAAGGCUAGCAUUCAGAUGGAGUCUCAACAUCCGGAGGGAAUGAAGAAGAUCAUUCAGCUUGAGCAGCCACAUGCUCCACGACCAGAAGAACAAGAAGCUGGAUUCGAGAAGCCAAUCUUCACCCAACUGCUGACGGGACCGUCUGAGUUAUGGGAAGGUCAGCAUGCUCACUUCGAAGCUCGAGUUGUCCCUGUUGGUGAUGCCAGCAUGAAGUACGAAUGGUAUGUGAAUGGUGUAGAGCUCAAGCUAGGAUCACGCUUCCGAACCACCAACGACUUUGGAUUCGUCACAUUGGAUAUUAACUCCGUUGUCACCGAAGACUCUGGCUUGUACAUGUGCAAGGCUAUCAACAAAGCUGGCGAAGCUGUAUCGUCGACUACGAUGAAGGUCAAAUCGAAAUCAUCCAUCGCAGGAGAACCAUUGCUUCCUGAGGCAUGGGAGAAGAUUCAGCUCAAGGAAGCAGCGAUGAACCGUGUACCGGAUAUGUUUGUCGACACAACUCCCCAGCAGGCCCCGGUGUUCACCACCCAUCUGGAAAGCUUCGAUAAACUGCAGGAAGGUCAACACGUUUACAUGGAAGCUCAAGUCGAACCACGCGCUGAUCCUAAUCUUAGGAUUGAAUGGUUCAAGAAUGGUUUGGCUAUUACUACGGGAGCUAGAAUCCGCAGCACUUUCGAUUUUGGUCUUGUCACUCUCUCAAUCAAUGGACUGCGCGCUGACGACUCGGCCAUCUAUACCUGCAAGGCUACCAAUAACUACGGUGAAGCCGUUUCAACUGCUACUUUGAAGAUUGAAGGUAGUCACUGGCUGUUGGGAGACACAUUGCAUCCAGCAUCCGUCCAGAAGAUUAGCGAUCUGGAGGCUCCUCGCGCCGCUCACAAGGAUACUCCAGAACCACAGUACAAAUCACCAGUGUUUAUCACCCAUCUGAACAAUGUGGAGUGCAAAGAAAACGAUAACGUCCACUUCCAGUGCAAUGUAGAACCCUCUAAGGAUCCAACCAUGCAAAUCGAAUGGUUUGUCAACGGAAAGCCACUUCCCACUGGGGCUCGGUUCAAGACCACUUAUGAUUUCGGAUAUGUUUCCUUGGAUAUCUCUGGGGUAUAUGCCGAAGAUUCAGGAAUUUACACAUGCAAGGCAACCAACAACAAGGGUUCCGCUUCGACAUCUGGUUCGCUGAGAUGCACCAGUACCACUACAAUGUAUUUGGAUACUCAGCAUCCACAAGGCAAGACUGGUUUGGAAGCUGUUCAGGAUACUGAAGCCGCUUUGGCCAACCGCUAUAAACGCCAAGAAUCGAAACCGGAAACUCCUUACCCGAAACCAAAAUGGACCGUCGAGUUGCAAUCCGAGUUCCACCUCAACGAAUCUGAAUCUCUCCAUCUGGAGGGAACGGUGGAACCGAAGGAUGAUCCUAACCUCAAGAUCGAGUGGUAUUUCAACGGGAAGGUUCUGGAGCAUGGAUCACGGUUCAAGAUGACCAGCGACUUUGGGUUCGUCACAUUGGAUCUGAUUGAAGUGUACGAGCGUGAUCAGGGCAUCUAUACUUGCAAGGCUUACAAUCUAUCCGGGGAAGCAUUCACUUCAUCCACCAUCUACUGUACCACAAAGGAAAGCCUAAUUGAACGCACUCAGCAUCCAAAGGGUACCGAAGGUUUGGAAAAGAUUCAAGAUUUGGAAGAGUCCCUGCGCAGACAAGAAGCUGGAAAGGCCGAUGCGGAUGCCGGACACGCUCCAAGAUUUACCACGGAGUUCGUUGCCAUCAAAAAUAUUGGUGAGGGUGAGAUUGCUCACUUCGAUGCUACUUUGAUCCCAACUGGAGAUCAAACCAUGGUCAUUGAAUGGCUCUACAACGGCAAACAGCUUGAUGCAAGCCACAGAGUUCGUACCGUGUAUGCGUUCGGAAUGGUUGUGCUGGAGAUUUUGGGCACUAAGAUUGAAGACUCUGGAACUUAUAGCUGCAAGGCGACCAACAAAUGGGGUAGCGCUGAAAUUAGUGUCGAGCUUGAAUGUGUUGACAAAUCAGCCGGACAGAAACCACGCUUCACCACCCAGAUUCAGAACUUGGAGGGACUGAAGGAUGGACAGUCUGCUCACUUCGAAUGUACACUGGUUCCAGUUAAUGAUCCAGAGCUUACGGUCGAAUGGUUCCACAAUGGCAAGCCUCUGCGUCACUCGAACCGAAUUAAGCCGGUCUCCGAUUUCGGAUAUGUCCUGUUGGAUAUCGCAUACGUUCAGAACCACGAUUCGGGUGAAUACGUCUGUCGCGCAUCGAAUAAAUAUGGCGAAGACACAACCCGCGCUACUCUGCGAUGCACUGGCAAGGGAGGAGUAUACUUGGAAUCACUUCAACCUGAUUCGCUGGCUAGAAUUCGCGAGCUCGAGAGCCAUGCUGGAAUGAAACCCACUGCUGCCGGAUCCCCAGUUGGAGAAGCACCCCGUUUCACCACUCAGAUCUCCGACGUCACCAAGUUGGUGGAGGGACAAAGCGCGCAUUUCGAAGCUAGACUCACACCGGUCACCGAUCCGGAUCUGGUUGUCGAGUGGUACUGGAACGGACAGAAAUUACCCCAUGGACAUCGUUACCGAACCUUCCACGACUUCGGCAUUGUUAUUUUGGACAUUUUGUAUUGUUACGAGGAGAAUUCCGGUGAAUUUGAGUGCCGUGCGACGAACAAGUACGGAUCGGACAGUACCAAGGCUACUCUGAAGUGUGUUUCGAAGGCUAACCUCAUUCUGGAUUCGCAACUGCCACGUGGAAUGGAAGGUGGAUUGGAGAAGAUUCAGACUCUGGAGGAUUCUCUGAUUCGUACUCGCGAUGAGCGUGAACGUGUCGAAGGUGGUCGUGCACCGGUCUUCACCGUACCUCUAUCGAACAUCGACAGUCUGCGUGAAGGAGAGAGCGCCCACUUUGAAGGAAAACUUACACCAACCGACGAUCCGAAACUCAAGGUUGAGUGGUUCUGGAAUGGUAAACCACUCAAGGCUGGAUCUCGAUUCCGCACGUUCUGUGACUUCGGAUUCGUCAUUCUGGAAAUUUCUCCUGUUUAUCCCGAAGAUUCUGGCGAGUAUUCGUGUCGCGCUACCAACGAUUACGGUGAAGCUGUCACUUCUUCCACGAUGAAGGUACAGGGUAAGCGUAGCAUUAUUCUUGAAUCACAGUUGCCUAAGGGAAUGGAAGGAACCAUCGAUAGAAUCGCAGAACUCGAGGGUCUGGGCAUGCGUAGCGGGGGAUUAUCAAUGGACGAUGAUUCUGGAAAACCACCAGAGUUUGUUACCACCCCAUCUGAUAUGACUCUUACCGAGAAUUCGUUGGCUCACUUCGAGUGUCGUCUGACACCGAUCAAUGAUCCGAGCAUGCGGGUUGAGUGGUAUCACAAUGGCAAAGCUUUGUGGGCUGGAUCUCGCAUCAAGACUAUCAACGACUUUGGUUUUGUCAUUCUGGAGAUCGCUGGAUGCUACCAGCGGGACUCGGGAUUGUACACUUGCAAGGCUACCAACCGUCAUGGUGAAGCUACUGUGUCGUGUAAAUUAACCGUUCGUGGUCGCCAGGGUAUCAUCAUGGAACCUCAGCUACCAUCGAAUUUCCGCACUGGCACGGAGAGCAUUCAAAAGCUGGAAGAACAGCUGCACAAACGGGAGGAGAUGAUGACCGAAGAGGACGAAGGUCGUCCACCGAAGUUUAUCGUUGAAAUCAAGGAUAACAACGAUGUGGCCGAAGGCGGACCCGUACAUUUCGAUUGCCGCGUCGAACCCGUUGGUGAUUCGUCGAUGAGGAUUGAAUGGUUCCAUAACGGUAAACCAUUCGCUACCGGAUCCCGUGUGCAUAUGCUCAACGAUUUCGGAUUCAUUGCCAUGGAUAUGGAUUACGUGUACGUGCGUGACUCUGGCGUGUACGAGUGCCGCGCUACCAACCGAUGGGGCACAGCCUCUACUACCGCUAAGGUAACGGUGGUUUCACGCGGAGGAAUUAUUUUGGACUCACAGCUGCCUGAAGGUAUGACCGCCUCCAAGCUGAAGGAACUCGAGCGCGGAAAAGUGACCUUGGCUACCCAAGAGGAACGCACCUUCGGACCACCGAAGUUCGUUACCCAAAUUCAGUCGCUCACCAUCGAUGAAGGUGAAACAGUACGCUUUGAGUGUCGCGUUGAACCAAAAGAAGAUCCCAAACUGCGCGUUGAGUGGUUCCGUAAUGGCAAGCCACUGCCAAGUGGCCACCGUUAUAGAACAAUCUACGACAUGGGCUUCGUUUCGUUGGAUAUCCUGUCGGUUUACGUCGAGGAUGGUGGUGAUUACGUUUGCCGUGCUAUAAACGAACAUGGCGAGGAUUCAACAAAGGCUCACGUAAGCUGCAAGAAGCUACCGUCGAUUGUUCUGCAGAACCAGAUUCCAAAGGGUAUGCAGAAGUCGGAAACGCUCAUGCAGAUGGAAGCUACCAUCAAGAAGUACACAGAGGAGAUCUUCCUAACCGAGGAUGAUCUGUUCGACCCAGACCGCAAGCAACCACCACGUUUCGUUACCCAGAUCAAGGACCAGACCAAGCUGACCGAGAUGCAGGCUACCAAAUUCGAGUGCCAGUUGGCCCCGGUUGGUGAUCCGAACAUGAAGGUCGAGUGGUUCUACAAUGGCAAACCGUUGCCAUACAAGAAUCGCUUCACACCUAUCUACGACUUUGGAUACGUUGCGAUGAACUUCGGAUGGAUCUAUCCUGAGGACAGUGGCGAGUAUUUGUGCCGAGCAACCAAUCUGUACGGCAUGGAUGAAACCCGCGCCAUCAUCAAGACCACUGGCAAGCCUGGAAUUAUCUAUGACUCGCAGUUACCGAAGGGCAUGAAGAGUAUCCAAAAGAUUCGCGAGAUGGAGGCCUUGUGGAACUUGAAUAUUCCAGAGGUUAUUGACGAGACUCAGAAGCCGAAGAAGGAACCAACAUUCGUAAGCCGUCCGGAGUCGAUCGAAGUUGAAGAGGGAGAAUGGGCACGCUUCUGCUGCCGUGUAACCGGUCAUCCAAGACCAAGAGUCAUGUGGCUCAUCAACGGACACACUGUUGUCAAUGGUCAACGAUACAAGCUUACAUACGACGGAAUGUACCACUUCGAUAUCCCGAAGACACGCCAGUACGACACCGGCAAGGUCGAAGUCAUCGCUCGCAGCUCGGUUGGGGAGGCUAUCGCCAGUUGUGAACUGAAGAUCACACCACGUCACGACGACUACCGUGGAGUGUUGAAGAACUCUCCAAGACCUUGGUACGAUUACGAUCUAGUCGCCUACCAGAAGGGUCGUGUCGAUAACGAGCUGGAGAUCACACUGCAGGAGGAGUCCAAGAAAAAGAAGAAGGGUAUCAAGGCUCAACAUCUGAAGCCGAAGGAAAAGAGGGACAGCGACACGGAAUGGCAGAAGACUGUCAAGAAGAAGAAGAACGAAGAGUACUACAACAAGUUGGCCCAGGUUGAGAACGAACAGCUGGUCAAGGAACAGCGGCUCCGCGAGGAGAAGCACCAGUUUGCUAUUCCUGGCGAGAAAAUUGUCGGUCAAUCGAUGGCCAAGGGCAUGGCAUCCGCUUAUGAAGAAACACUCGAUGAAACUAUGGAGACCGAGGAGGGUACCACCGUGGAGAGGAAGAAGAAGAUCCCAGAUCCGUCAGAAACAUCGGUUCAGGGUAAAGAGAUCCACGUGUCACAGCAGAAGCAGGUUCAGAAGGAAGUUCAUGACGAUAAGGAAAUCAUCCGGAAAAUUACGGCCACGGAAACGACAGAGGUCGAGCACAAGGGAACCACCCAAGAACGCAUAGUCGAGGGUCCAUUCAAACCAGCCACUCCGCCCGUGUUCACCAAGAAGAUUCAACCGUGCCGUGUGUUCGAGAAUGAACAAGCUCGGUUCGAGGUUGAAUUCGACGGAGAUCCACUCCCCACAGUCAAGUGGUUCCGUGAGAACUUCCAGAUCAACAACUCUUCGGAUUUCCAAAUUCACACCUUCGGAACUAAGUCAGUGCUGAUCAUCCGUCAGGUAUUCAUCGAGGACUCGGCCGUUUUCGCUAUUAUCGCGGAGAAUCGUGGAGGAACUGCCAAGUGCAGUGCCAACCUAGUCGUUGAACAACGACGCCAGCAGGGUCGCGGUGGUGUUAUUCCGCCAAGCUUCGUUAACACCAUUUCGGACACCAAAGUUACCGCCGGUCAACUUGCCCGUUUCGAUGCUAAAAUAUCCGGAACUAAACCACUCGAUGUAUAUUGGUUGAAGAACGGCCAGAAGAUCCUGCCUAAUAUCAAGUACAAAAUUCUGGAAGAGGACAACAAUUACACACUGUUGAUAAUCGAGGCAUACUUCGAGGACAGCGGAAAGUACGAAUGUGUUGCCAUCAACAGUGCCGGAGAGGCUCGCUGUGACGCUACGUGCAAUGUGGACACUCCGCACACUCCGAUCAUUGAGAAACCUGCCACUCCUGGCACCGAGCGUCCCCCGACCCUAGUCGAGCCACUGAAGGACAGAACCGUCCCCGAGGGUCAAUCGGUGGAGUUCCGCACCCGCGUCACUGGCAAACCAAGUCCCAACGCCCAGUGGUUCAAGGGGGACAAACAGAUCAAACCGUCCAAGUACUUCCAGAUGACCAAAGACCGAGACUGCUUCACACUGAUCGUUACGGAAGCCUUCCCCGAGGACGAGGGCGAGUAUCUGUGUAUCGUAUCGAAUGCCGGCGGCGAGGUACACACCACCGCUAGCCUGAAGGUCGUAACACCGGGUAUGCAGGAUACCGCACCGAAGCUGACCGAAAUGAAGGAUUGCGUAGUGGACGAGGGUGCACCGGCACAGUUCAAAACUCAAAUCGUCGGCAAACCGAACAAGGUCACAGUACAGUGGCUGCGCGAGGGUUUGCUGAUUCCCGAGUCGCCCGAUUUUCAGGUGAGUACUGUGUUUUUCAUUGAUCUUUUGAAGUUACACGGAUCACAGUGAUCUUCAUAAUCACAA